AUGCCUGUACUUCUCACCAAUAACAUUGCGUGUGAACUAGGGCUUACGAAUGAUAAAAACGGAGUAUUUCCCUCAAAUACGAUCUACGUACGAAAGCCAUUAUAUGCUCUCGUAGAAAUUAAUACAUCACAAGUAGAAACAAAUCUUGAUGGACUUCGUCCUAAACUAAUUCCUAUUCCAUUAGUCAAAAAGCAGUUCACUGUUCCUAUAAAGCAACUCUUUGGACGUCUACUCGAUCGAGUGCAAAGUGAGAAAAAAGUUCCACAAUUGAUUCAAGUUACACGAACGCAACUGCCAAUUGUACCUGCCUUCGCAAUAACUACAUAUAAGGCGCAAGGACUCACAAUGAACAAAAUCGUAGUCGAUCUUCAAGUUCCAUUAAGAACAUUUCAAGUGGCGUCAGUAUAUGUACCACUAAGUAGAGUAAAGAUAGGCGACGAUGUGGCCAUUCUUCGACCUUUUGACAUGAAAAUUCUAUAA